AUGUCGCCCCGUGCAGUUUUGCGUUGGUCAGUGGAAGAGACCACAGUGGAGAAGGUGUCAGUGGAUGAGACCGCAGGGGAGGAGGAGGCUACAGAGGAGGCGGUGUCAGUGGAGGUGGCUACAGAGAAGAAGGCUACAGGAGAGAAGAAGGUCACAGCGGAGGAGGUCUCUGUGGAGGAGGCUACAAUGAAGGAAGUCUCAAUGGAUGAGGCCACAGUUGAGGAGGAAGCUACACUAGAGUCGGUCUCGGUGGCAGAGGUCUCAGCUGAGGAGGUAACGAUGGAGGAGGCCACAGUUGAGGAGGAGGAGGCCCCAGGGAUCAGAUAUGGGUUUGAUCCAGAGAACAUAGUACACAGGAGGAGCACCCGCAACAUCUGA